AUGCACUGUCACCAUUGCUGCAUUCCCGCUCCCGGAGAGACAUCUGAUAUCCAUAUUUCCAAGAAUCCCUUGGCUUCCCAACUACAUGAAGACCCAACGCUACCGGUUGGGUUCGACGGGCCGAGAAGCUCCAUCGGCAAUGCUGGCCAGUUGGAAGCUAGUGCCUCGGGUACCCCUAUUCCGCUGUCGGAUUCUGUCUCCCGCUCACGGGCCGGGUCGCCCGCUUCCCUCCGGCGAAGGAUUGGAAAACACCACUGGUUUCGUCACGUGCGGAAGCAUCGAACACCGCGAUUGCUUCAUGUCACCGAGACAUCUGAUUCGCAUGGAAGUCAAGAAGACGACAAGGAAUCACAGGACCAGGCUGCUGAAGGGUCAGGAGAGGGCUAUGUUCCAGACAUGGAUCUGGGAGACAAGAGCCGCGAGGACCUUCAGGGUGCAACGGACGAUACAGACGAGGCCAGUGAGAGUGCCUCUUUGACACCUGUGAGGGCUGUGACCCCUGAGACGUCCUCGGCGCCCAGGGUGUCGAGAAUGAGGAGAGCAAAGCUGCCGAGCUCCGAGGACUCGAACGCAACGAGCCAUGUGCCCGAAAUGGCUCCAUACAAACACCCAGAGCGGUUGCUACGCGAGCCAGACGAGCCGCAGAAACGCCUCACUCGCCCUGUGGUCCCCCCGAACACACCAAAAACGCCGUCGAGGAUGACGGGAAGCUCGGCCGCGGUGCCCUUAGGCAAGACACCUGACUCACCGGUGAGACUGGCGCCUGCUGUACCGCCAAAUACACCGGCGGGCCGAGAUAUUGUUGGCACACACGCCCCGCUUCAUCGAGUUGAACACCAUCUUGAUCUCCGGACAGCUGCAAUGGCAGAGGGCUUGCCGAACGGACCGAGGCCGUCAACGGACUCGGCGGGCCAAAUCGAUCACUCGGACAGGGCUGAGACAAACAAUAAUGAUGGGACGCCACCGCAAGGUCGGACAGCCGAGCGGCCCAGACAAUCAACGCGCAACAAGACUCACCGACAAGUGUCCUUCGACGAGAAGCAGGUGACGGCGGCGGAGCUCAACCGCCUGACGAGGCUCGUCGACAAAGCCUUGCAGGUGGUGGAAGGCACCGACAGUCCGGUGAGCUCCGCGGGCUCGUGCAAGGACUUUGGCUUCAUCAAUCCUCGGGAGCUGCGAUGCCCCCUGCGGAGCCCUCCGCCGCCCGGGGGGAUGGCCAGCAUCUUCCCGCCGCCCACUCUUGGCGCGCGGCCGACUGUCAAGUCUACCUCGAGCUCGCCACUGCCGCAGCCAGUUCCGGACGGGAAACCCCCGGCCGACGCGACCCAAGACCCGAGCCGAAGCCAGAGCAUCGCCGAGUCCAGGCAGCCUGUGCUGCUGGAUGAGCUGACAGAGAGCCCGGAAGCCAUGUCGUCGGGCGCGAGCUCGACCACUGUUGACAGCCGCUCGUGCGGCGAGAAGUCGUCCACUGCGAGCGGUGCCGAUGACGUCGGUCGGCGCCCGGGGCAAAGGAGCAGCAGCGGCACCAUCCAGGUACUGGAGAGUCUGGCGGAGGCGAGUGCGAGCGACUCUGAUAGCUUUGUCACCUGUCGGAGCAAUCUGUCUGGCGAGGACAAGGGUGGAGUCAAAUGA